AUGAAGAAAUACAGUCCAGUUUUAAUGGAUUUUAACAAUAUGACUCUUAGCUUUCAAAUUGGUGAACAUGAGAUUGUGUUGAAGGGAGGAUUGCAUCCUAAUGCAAUGAAGAUAAUUUCAGGUAACAAGAUGCAAAAAAUUAUACUUAAAAAUCCUGAAGUAGUGGGGGAGAUCUAUAUGUUAAAUGCAGAGGUUGUUGUUAAUGAAAUACCUCCUACUCUACAAGCAGUAAUUGCUGAGUAUAAAGAUGUGUUUGAAGAACCUACUGGGAUGCCUCCAAAAAGGAAGCAUGAUCAUUCUAUUACUCUUAAACCAGGAAUUGAAACAGUCAAUGCUAGACCCUACAGGAUGCCUUAUUAUCAGAAGAUAGAGGUUGAGAAUCAAGUGGCUGAAAUGCAGUUAAAUGCAUUAACUGUCAAGAAAAAAUUUCCUAUUCUUGUGGUGGAUGAUCUUUUGGAUGAGCUAGCUGGUGCAAAUUUUUUUUCUAAAUUGGAUUUGAGAUCUGGUUAUUGGCAUAUCAGGAUUAAGCUUGAAGAUAUUCCAAAAACAGCCUUCAGGACACACCAUGAAAUAGAGUAUCUUGGUCAUAUUAUUUCUCAUAAGGGAGUAUCUACAGAUUCCUCAAAGAUUCAAGCAAUUCAGGACUGGACAAUUCCAAAGAAUUUGAAAUCCUUGAGAGGGUUUUUGGGACUUACUGGUUAUUACAAGAAGUUUAUAAAGGGGUAUGGGGAAAUCAAUUUCACAAAACUAUUUUGUUUGGAAACUGAUGCCAGUUCCAAGGGUAUAGGGAAGCAUAACAGGGCUGCUGAUGCUUUAUCAAGACAGUUUGAGGAUUCUUCUGAAUUAAAUCAGUUAUCUGCUACAAUAAUUAUUCCUGCUUGGGUCCAAGAGGUGGAAAACAGUUAUGAACAGGACUCUUUGGCAAAGGAUUUAAUUCCUAAAUUAUUACUUAAAAAUCAUGCUAUAGCAGAUUGGUCUUAUACUAAAGGAGUUCUAAGAUACAAAGUCCAUUCUACACUCCAUGAUUCACCACAAGGUGGCCAUUCUGAGAUACAGGCUACUUAUCACAGGAUGAAGUUAUAUUUUUAUUGGAAGGGAAUGAAGGCAGUGGUUAAACAACAUGUGCAACAGUGUGAUCAAGCUUGGGAAUUUAUUACGAUGGAUUUUAUUGAAGGGUUGCCUACUUCUAAUAGAUAUAAUUCUAUUUUGGUGGUAAUUGACAAAUUCACCAAAUAUGGGCAUUUUCUACCUCUGGUUCAUCCUUUUACUGCUACUGAAGUUGCUAAAAUUUUCUUGGAUCAAGUUUACAAGCUUCAUGGUCAACCUAAGAUUGCUUUGUCUGACCGAGACAAAAAUUUUACUAGUGUUUUUUGGAAAGAAUUUUUGAAGUUAUUGGGCACUACAACUCUAUUUACCACUGCCUACCACCCUCAAACAGAUGGUCAAACAGAGAGACUCAAUCACUGUCUUGAACAAUAUAUAAGAGGACUUUGUUUUUUAAAACCUAGUUCUUGGGCUAAGUGGUUAUCUCAUGCCGAAUGGUGGUACAACACUAGUUUUCAUACAACAUUGGGAACUACUCCUUUACAUGCCUUAUAUGGUUAUACACCUCCAACUAUGACGUGGAUAACUGAAUCAAGGGUGGCUGAUGUUCAGCAGUUUGUGUAG